AAGCCAUAGUCCAUGUUUUGCAAUAGGAAAUUUCUUUGGAGUAUUUUACCGCGUCGCAGCAAAAACGUCGCCGUCAGGAGGAUUAGCCAUCUUCUAAAUGGACAGUACGUCCAUUAUAACUCAAGUCAGACAAGAAGAUGAACUUCUUAACACAUUUCCCGCAUCGGAAAAAGUUUCGUCGACGGAGUCUGUGAAGAAACCUCGGAGUCGUGGGUUGUUUAGUUCGUUCUUCUGUUGUUUUGGAAACAACAAUAACAACAACAACAACAAUGCACAAAAUAACUGUCAAGUGCCUCAAACCGAGGAGAAUGGCAAUCCAAAGCCAAUGGAGAGAGCUCUACUUCCUCCAGUUCGGCACCAAGAGAUGGACAAGAAGUGUGUGGUGAUUGAUCUAGAUGAAACUCUUGUUCACAGUUCAUUUAAGCCGAUAAGCAAUGCAGACUUCAUUGUUCCAGUAGAGAUAGAUGGAACAGUACACCAGGUCUACGUUUUAAAGAGGCCUUAUGUAGAUGAAUUUCUACAAAAAAUGGGGGAGUUAUUUGAAUGUGUGUUGUUCACAGCAAGUUUAGCAAAGUAUGCAGACCCAGUGGCAGACUUGCUUGACAAGUGGGGUGUCUUCAGGUGUCGCCUUUUCCGAGAAUCAUGUGUCUUUCAUAGGGGGAACUAUGUCAAGGAUCUGAGUAGACUAGGCCGAUGUCUAGAUCAAGUGGUUAUAGUAGAUAAUUCCCCGGCUUCCUAUAUCUUCCAUCCAGACAAUGCAGUGCCCGUGUCGUCUUGGUUUGAUGACAUGUCUGAUAAAGAGCUGCUAGAACUGCUGCCUCUGUUUGAGUGUUUGUCACGAGUUGAUGACGUUUACUCCGUGCUCAAAAACACCCGAGACAGUCCGUCAGACACGCCCUCUUAGCGGCAGAGUUGGAUCGCCACAGAUGUUACUCUUUUUUUUAAGUUUGUUUUAUGCAAAUUUUAAUAUAAAAUGAAAUGUGUGAAUGCCUUGUGGUCUUGGAUGAAAAUAUUCAACUGCUGUGAAUCAUAGAAGACUCCCCCUUACAGACACAUAUAUAUAUAUAUAUAUAUAUAUAUAUAUAUAUAUAUAUAUAUAUAUAUAUAUUCCCCCUUUCCGACAUAUUAUAUUUUGUUUUUUCUGCAGGAAGGUGGUGCUUGUAGAGUAAAGGAGGAAUUUACUUACAUUAACCAAACAAAACAAAAACAAAAAUGGCCUGCUCAAUACCUCAGUGUGUUUUCUCAUUGGUUGUGAUAGAUCACAUGACUUUUAGUACAGUGAUUCACCACUUUGUGAAUGACUUGUGUUUCUGCAUGCCAGAACAUUUUAGACGGUUUGGAAUUUUUUUUUUUAAUGUUUUAUAAAAGUGGAAGAAAUUGGGCAUCAUGUCACAGAAAGAUUGAUUUCAGGCAGUGUUCUUCCCUUUUAGAGUGAUGUUUGAAGAGUAGCAGAUCAGGGGAGACAACCAGAGAAACGGGACACAGUGUUCUGAAAAUGGGGAGCAGAAUAAAUGUGUUACUAUCUGGAAAAAAGUGCAUACAGAACCAUUGAUAUAUUUACCUCUUGUAGAAAAUAUAUUAUUUGAAUUUU